AUGUCUAGACAUCGAUUCGUCCGCAAUAUGGACAUCGAUGCCGAAAUGGCAGAAGAUGAGGACGAUGGAUUCACCAUGAAUGCAGAGGAAAAGGCCCAGAUGGCCACUGCUCUCCCGAUCGCUCGUCAGCUUUUGAGCGAUCUCAAACCAACCAUCCCGGAUAGUGCGAUCUUCGACUCUUUAUGGCACUACUGGUUCGAUGUGGACAAGGCCGUAUCUUGGCUGAGGAAAGACUGGGAGAAGAAAGGAUCGCCCAUCCCCCAAAAUCUCCUUCCGACUCCCGACAAUCAGAGGCGGCGAGGGUCAAAUAAAAGCCCUCGCAUAGACUCUACUGGCACAUCAAUUCAUGAACCAGCUUCUGGCCCCACUUCGUCCGCCGCGUCAUCGUCCAGCGUCCCGUUGACUGCCCUGCAACGUCUCUCUCUCGCUAGGGAGGGAUCCUCGUCCACGAUUCCAACCACAUCCGGAUCUUCCACUCCUGCACCACCCAGCUCUGCCCUUGAGACCUCGAGCACUCCGUCGAAGCCAAAGCGAAGAGAAGCCGCAGCUGCAGCUGCUGCCACCGCCCCAUCAAUUGCUAGCACUAGGCCGUCCAUCUUCGGAAAUUCCGAUCCGGGCUCAUCGGGAAAGCCUCUAUCCAAGUUGGCUCAGAAGAAUUUGGAGGAUAUGCCAGCGAAGGAUCUAUCGAGAGAGACCCCUCGACCCUUGGCAGAUGAGCUUGCCGCCCUUUCAAUUGAUGACGAAAUGGCGCAAUUGUUCGCUUCUGGGAGCAGCGGACCGACGGAUGCCGAUUCCUCAUUCUUCGACAUACUCACCGCUCCCAUCACCAAAGAGUUGGAGCCUGUUUCCUCGGUUUCUCUCCACCUGCCCUUCGAUGAUCUCCGGCUGGAGGACCGGGUUCGCGAGGCGUUCGGAGCAGACGUGCUCAGUCCCGACGAUAUUGUGCUCCGAGCCCAGGCCGCUGCGAAAUCCUCCGGAUUAUCAACACCUAAAUCAGCGUCUCUUCCUGGCAAACCUCGUGAACAGCAAGGGGUCUUGAAGGCCAAGACUCAGCCAGGAACACCGCGGAGUGGCAAAGCGUCGGCUAAACCUGGCAACUCGGGUGCGGCAACGCCCGUUGCCACGGCAGGUCCGAGCGGACUGCAACAUGAUUUGGCUGCUCUUCAUCUUGAGCAACAGGGCACCGAAGAAGAUGCGGAGAGGGAAAAGGAGAGAUACAAGGAGAGGCCUGCGCUGAAUAUGAAGCAAGAGGAACUGAUUGCCAAAGUGAUCAAGGAUGAAGAGGAGACCGGAAAGAAAAAUCUGAGUCUGGUUGUUGUCGGGCACGUCGAUGCUGGUAAAUCUACUUUGAUGGGAAGAUUACUAUAUGAUAUCGGCGAGUUGUCUGAAAAGGAGAAGACUGCAAAUGAGCGAGGCAGUAAGAAGAUCGGCAAAGGCAGCUUUGCCUUUGCUUGGGGACUGGAUGCGCUGGGCGAUGAACGUGACAGAGGGGUCACUAUAGACAUCGCGACAACACAUUUCGACACGCCGCAUCGUAAUAUCACCCUGCUAGAUGCACCGGGUCACCGAGACUUCAUUCCGGCGAUGAUCAGUGGAGCAGCUCAGGCUGAUGUAGCCUUGCUUGUUGUGGACGGAUCGCCAGGAGAGUUUGAGGCUGGGUUCGAGCGUGGAGGUCAGACUCGCGAGCAUGCUUGGCUUGUCAGAAGUCUCGGCGUCAAGGAAAUCAUCGUGGGCAUCAACAAAAUGGACGUGGUCGAGUGGUCCCAAGAUCGAUACGAUGAGAUUGUAUCGGCACUUAAGCCGUUCUUGCUGUCUGCUGGAUUCGCACCUGCAAAGACAGUCUGUCUGCCACUGGCAGCGAUGGAGGGUAUAAAUAUUGUGGCCAACGAUGAAGUCGCCUUGAAAUCAUGGUAUGAUGGCCCCACGUUGAUGGACUCGCUUGACAAGAUUGAGGUCCCCACUCGACCAUAUGAUUCAGCUCUGCGGAUACCAGUCUCGAACGUAUUCAAGGGACAGACUGCUGUGGCGUCUGGCGUGGCAGUGACGGGAAGAUUGUGCAGUGGAGUACUCCAAGUAGGAGACAGAUUGAGAGCUGUCCCUGGAGAUGAGGUAGCGUCUGUCAGGACGAUAGAGAUAGAUGACGAUUCUGCACCUUAUGCUGUUGCUGGACAGAACGUCACGCUGUACCUUUCAGGGAUCGAUGCGAUCCAUCUCGCCAUCGGCACAGUCCUUUGCCCGACCUCACUGCCGGUUCCGAUGGUAUCGAGAUUCUCUGCGAAUAUCCUGGUGUUUGAUGUUUCAAGCCCGAUCAUUGUUGGAGCAGCCGUCGAAUUAUUCCACCACUCGAUCAAUGUCCCCGCCACCAUCAGCAAGCUUGUAUCUGUCUCAGAGAAGGGUACGGUGACUCGGAAGAAUCCUCGAGUCCUGCAGAAGGGCAUGACGGCACUCGUGGAAAUAACGUUACGACUUACCAACACUGGAGGCAAAUUACCCACGUUGCCCUUAGAGACGGCCGCGGAGAACAAGGAGAUGGGACGUGUACUCAUCCGUCGGCAGGGCGAGACCAUCGCGGCUGGUGUGGUCCAGGAACUCCUUCAAGUCUAG